AUGGCAGGUGUGCUCAGCGCUUUCGCGACAGGAAUUGGCCUGCUCACAGACAAGUACAUGCUUGGCGCCACGAAUUUUGUCGAACAUUAUGCGAGUGAUUUUCACGCAACGCAUGCACAGAAGGACUUCGUGAAAGCUGCCAUGUACGGCGGGGCGAUUUUGGGCAUGAUUGUCAUGGGUCCAGCAUCUGACUAUGUUGGGCGACGUUUGGGGCUCAUAUGCUGCUCCAUCAUCACAUUGUUUGGGGCGUUGCUCUCGGCCUUUGCCUGGAGUGAGAAUGCACUCAUUGCGUCCCGGGUAAUCACGGGAAUUGGCAUGGGAGGGGAGUAUCCCUUGGCCUCCUCGCAUUCGGCUGAGUCUUCCGAAAAGACGGGAGAUGGUGCUCGCAACGUUGCCUUGCUGUACCUUUUUGGCAGUGGCCUGGGCCAAGCGCUGUGCCCAAUGGUGACCUACGUCAUGGAUGUUUCUGGAGUACCCGAUGAGCUUCUUUGGCGGUGGAUCUUUGGCGUAGGCGUGAUUCUGUCGGCUUUGGGGCUGGUCCUGCGCUAUUUCACCACCAAGGACAGCCAGAAGUUCAUGGACAGCAAGGAGGCAGAACACAAGAGUCGUGGAAGCACUUUGAGUAUGCUGCUGCCUUACUGGAGAGCGAUCCUGAGCACUGCGGGCUGUUGGUUCCUCUUUGACAUUGUUGAGUAUGGCCUCAAGCAGAACGACGCUGCCAUCUUCAGCCAGGAGGCAUCGACGUCAUACCAAGACAGCAUCCUGCAGGUGCUGUGGAGCCGGCUCCUGGUUAUCCCUUCCUUGAUUUUCGCCCCAUGGCUGCUGACCAAAGUCUCCAGCAAGCGUGUGCAGCUCAUUGGCUUCGCGGGAUGUGCAGUGGCCAACCUCAUCUUGUCCCUUGCGUAUAAGGAGCUUCGGGAGCUCUCGGUUCUUUUCCUGGUCUUCUACAUUACCCAGCUCUCCUUCCAGAGUCUGCCAGGAGUCACCACCCUGGCCAUCUCAGCAGAGAUUUACCCGAGCAUGGUCCGAGGAACUGGCGCCGGCAUCAGUGCGGCGUUCGGAAAACUCGGGGCAACCGUUGGGUCCUAUGCAUUCUCUGAGCUGAAGAAUUUGGGCUACAUCCGAGGCAUCUUUUGGACCGUCUUCGCCACAUCUGCCCUAGGCAUGCUGCUCACGGUGCUGGCUACUCCGUACUACAACGGCAACACGCUGGAUGCGGCCGACGCGCUCGCUCGGGAUGGUAAGUCGAGGCAGGCGGUGAAGGUGUUGUACAGCGGUCCAUUGAACCUACGUUGCACUUACAGGUCGAUGAGGCUUUCUUGA